AUGGCGAGUUUAGGCUUGAAUCCUGAAAUCAGGGAUAAGAUUCGGAAGAUUCCUUGCGACUCAAGUGGGUCUAUCAAAGAGAAGAUGAUCCUCAAGGCACUCGCUGGAAGCAAAUAUGCCCUCGAUGAAUACUGGGUAUCCUCCAGUCCUGGGACUAUCAGCACUCGAGGAUAUGGAAUAGUUGUGAGGACGAGCAAUGACGACGAGAAAAAGCUUGUCCAAAUCAACAGCCCAGGGAGUGGAAAGACAAGCGGUCCAAAUAAUCCAAAAGAGAAGAAGACGACUCAGCCAUUUGCGUUGCUGACUUGGUGGGGACGCUGUAUGCUCCUGUUCAUAUUUGCGUGCGUCUUGAUCAUUGCGACGUACUACGAGACCACAUCGCUCGACAGCGGAUUUGAGCGUUUCAUGGACAGCCGUGGGUUCGGUAUUCGGUUCUUCUUCACGGCGCUGGGCGUCGUCAUUGGUGGCUGCAUGGAGACGUUCUUUCGAAGCGUUGCCACUAUCUUGCCCUACCAGCAGCUGUCCAAACACGCACUCCCGGCUGAACGGUCUAUACUGCUUUCACCUCCGACCAAUUCUUUCUACGGGAUGUACUCUGCCUUCCGACGACGAUCUUUCUUUCUCGGAGCCGUGGCUUUCACCACCAUACUCGCGGAGCUGUUCCUCCCCGUCACGCUCUCGCACGUGCCCUUCAGUCACCUCGACACUUAUGAAACACAGCUUGUGUGCUCAUGGCUCAGCAUAAGCAUUCUUUCGCUUAUGGUUCUCGUCAUACUCUAUUCCUUUUUCGUGCGGUGGCCACACAUGCCUGUUGACCCGAGGACGAUCGCGGGGGCUAUGUUCUAUGUGUGCGACUCAUGGAUGUUGGGCACAAUGGAGGGCAUGGCAACACUUGGGAAGAAAGAAAGGGACUCGAUCAUGCGUGCUCAGAGAUUGGGGUACGAGUUCGCUAGCUCCAAAGGAGUCAGCGGCAAGGAGAGGAUGAGCGUGGAUAUUUGCGGAGAGACCGGAGAGGCAGCAGUGAUGAUGCGAGGUGAGAAGACACGUUAA